AUGCACGUCGAGGAGGACGCGGCGCGGAGCGCGAAGAACUGGUUCGGGCGGCGCGCGGACGUGCCCGUGCCGGACCCCGCGAGCGUCGUGGACUUGUUCAUCGGCACGACGAGCAGCGGGCACGCGUUCCCAGGCGUUACGCUCCCGCACGGGAUGGUGAAGGUCGGGAUGGACACCGACUCGGGCGACAACCACGCAGGGUACGACGCGAACCCGGCCUUCUCCGCCACGGGCUUCUCGCAGCUGCACGACGACGGGACCGGCGGCUCCGUCCCGCUCUCGGUGUUCAAGGUGUGGCCGUUCGCCUCGUGCGGCGAGGGCGCGGACGACCGCUUCGAGGUGUGCCCGUGCGACAUCAACUCGCGCAAGGUGAAGCGCAACCUCCUCGCCGACGGAUCGCCCGACGACGUCGCGGAGCCAGGGUACUUUGCCUCUAAUCUCAGCACGGGAAUCCGCGUCGAGCUGACCGCUACCAAGCGCACGGCUCUCCAUAGGUACACCUUCCCCGCCAACACGAACACCCCCCGCCUCGUCGUCGACGUCACCAACGACGGCCAGCAGUCCAACACGCUCCCCAUCGUCCACAUCGACCCGACCACCGCGCGCGUCACCGCAGGCUCGACGUACGCCGCCUCCUUCGGGCCCGGCAUCUACCGCGUGUACACCUGCAUGGACUUCAAGGGCGUCGGCUUCGACCUCGGAGCGCCCGUCGAGUUCGGCACCUACCUCGGGAACUCGCCCAUCCGCGGCAUGGUCGACGGCGGGCAGGAGUACACCGGGUACCGCUCCGAGCUCGGGGCGCUGCUCGGCUUCGGCACGAACGGCGCGGGGAGCGGGGGCGAGACGGGGAUAUACGUGCGCGCGGGGAUGAGCUUCAUCUCGACGGACCAGGCGUGCGCGAACGCGGAGGCGGAGAUCCCGGACUUCGACUUCGAGGGCGUGCGCGGGGCGACGCGCGAGGCGUGGAACGAGCUGCUGGGCAGGGUGCAGGUGGAGACGGACGGCGUGGACAGCGACACUCUCACGCUGUUCUACACGUCGCUGUACCGGACGCACAUCUCGCCUGCGGACUACUCGGGCGAGAACCCGCUGUGGAACUCGACGGAGCCGUACUACGACUCGUUCUACUGCAACUGGGACACGUUCCGCACGCUGUACCCGAUCAUGUCCCUGCACGACCCGGAGGAGUUCGCGCGCAUCAUCCGCGGCAUGAUCAACAUCCAGCAGCACGAGGGCUGGCUCCCGGAGUGCCGCGGGGCCACCGCGCAGCAGUGGAUCCAGGGCGGCAGCAACGGCGACCCCAUCCUCGGCGAGUUCUUCGUCAAGUACGCCGAGCACGCGGCGGACCUCAACGUCAGCGCCGACGCGCUCUACCAGGCGCUCCUCGCGGACGCCGAGGACCAGCCGCCGGACUGGAACCUGCAGGGCCGCCAGGCGAACGUGUGGAAGUCGACGGGCUACAUCCCGCAGGACCUGAUCGAGCCCGGGGGCGCGAACACGAAGCAGGUGUCGCGCGGGCUCGAGUACGCGUUCGGCGACUUCGCGAUCUCGCAGGUCGCCAAGCUGCUCGACAAGAACGACGACGCGCGGAAGUACGCCGCGCGCGCGGGCAACUUCGUCAACUACUGGGACCCGAACGUGACCGUGCCGGGCGUGGACGACGCGCAGAUCGUGGGCUUCGUGCAGCCGCGGUUCCAGAACGGGAGCUUCGGGAGCACGGACCCGAGGCAUUGCAGCGUGCACGACCCGACGGGGUCGAACUGCUUCUUGUUCAAUACGAACACGGACGGGUUUUACGAGUCGUCGCCGAUCGUGUACUCCCAAUUCGCGCCGCAGGAUACUGCGAAGUUGAUUGAGCUGCAGGGGGGGAACGACAACUUCAUACACCGCCUUGACUUCAUCUUCAACAACAGCUACUUCGACUCCACCGACGAGCCUUCGCAGCAGAUCCCGUUCAUGUACCACUACGCGAACGCCCCCGGCCGCUCCACGCAGACCUCGCGCCAAGUGAUCUCCCAAUUCUUCAGCACCGCGACGAACGGGCUGCCAGGAAACGACGACUCGGGCGCGAUGGGCUCCUACGUCGUCUCCUACCUCGCCGGCCUCUACCCCGUGCCCGCGACGCGCCAGUACCUCCUCUCGUCCCCGUACUUCCCCUCCAUCUCGUUCUUCAACCCCGUCUUCAACACGACCACGACCAUCAAGGCGACAAACUUCGUCGGGAACCCCGCGAACGGCACGGGCGGCACGGUGUUCGUGCAGAACGUGACGAUCGACGGCGUGCCCGCGAAGAGCAACUGCUUCCUGGACUGGGACGUGUUCCAGAAGGGGUCGACGGUCGAGCUGACGCUCACGGACGACAUCAACGUGACUUGUGGGGGGAACGGGACGGACGCGCUGCCGCCGAGUCUGUCUACGGGCGGGUUUGACACUGUCUAG